AGCUUACGGGCCGGCAGUGCUGCACCGUAAACAGCAUGUGCCGCACGUGAGCGGUGGGCCACCGAACCGCCGAAAGCGAGCAAAAACAACAUUCAUCACGGCCAUCCAUCCGGUGGUCGGUCUCGAUUGUCAAGACCUAUUGCUUAUUAUUGCCCUCCUCCUCUUAUCUCGUCUAUUUGUUCGUGUUGUUCUCUCCCUUCCCGCACGCACAACAACACCCCACUUACCUAACCGUCGCACGAUCAUCCCCACGCCCAUCCGCUGACCCCUCUUCCCCCAACCCCCCCCCCUCCCUCUCCCACGUUCCCGGCCAGAACCGUGUGGCGAACCCAGCCGGUUCGCAUACGGCCUAGGUACAUCGCUUUCAGUAUUUAAGCACGAUCGGGCCCCGGAGAAGGUCAGCAGACAGCAUUCGGCGAUCGUUUCGGGCGGCUUCUUCGGAUCGGACGCAGUGAAAGUGUGCGCCUCGAUAUCGGCCAUAGCACACCCGAGCACACCUGCGGCGUUUGUGGAGUGUGUGUUAAGAUCAAACCCGACGACACGUUGGAGCGGCUGUAUCGACAGUGUUGGAUCGGACACCCCGAUCAUUUGUAUGCGACGAUGGCUUGCUGAGCGUUGUGUUGUGCCUUGGUUCCGGUCCCCUCGUGCAGUGUUAGUGAAAGUGUCCUGCAAAAACCACGGUCGCCAUCUAGCAUCCGAUACCUUGACGCCGUUCUAUAGUUGAUCCGUGCUGUUGCGAUUGCUGAUAUCGCAAACUAUUAUCAUGGCGUCGUGUUUGAGGUUUGCAACCGCUCGGUGCGUGUUAUUGCUGCUAAGUGGCCUAUUGUUCGUCCUAAUCUGUGAUAUUGAUCGUGCACAGGGUGCUUCCGUCUACAAAUCACCUAAUCUUGACGAUGCACGUUUUUGGCGACGGAAUGCUGAAGCUUACCUCAAGAAAGUUCUCAUGUACGACGAGAAUCGUCGUAUCACACCGGCGGUGGCAAAGAACAUUAUCAUCUUCGUGGGCGACGGUAUGGGAAUUGCGUCACUAUCGACUGGCCGCAUCUUCAAGGGUCAACGGGCCGGGCGCUCGGGUGAGGAGGAGCAGCUGAGCUUCGACAACUUCCCCAACACGGGUAUGUCGAAAACAUACAACACCGACCGACAAGUACCGGAUUCUGCCGGUACCGCUACCGCCAUGUUCUCGGGCGUGAAAACAAAGUACGGUGUGCUGGGGGUGGACUUUACCAUCACCGAGACGAAUUUGGAGGCAGCCAAAGUGCCGUCGUUCAUGGACUGGGCACAGGCGGUCGGUAAGCGGACGGGCAUAGUAACGACCACGCGCGUUACGCAUGCAACACCCGCCGCCUGCUACGCGCACACCAUUAACCGCAACUACGAGUGUGGUGCAAAGAUUCCGGCCAAUCUGAAGAACCGCAUUAAGGACAUUGCGCGCCAGAUGAUGGAGGAUGCACCGGGCAAGAAUCUUAACGUUGUGCUCGGUGGAGGACGAAACCAUUUCGGUGCAUCCAUGCCAUCGCAUCUGAAGCCGGAGUACCAGUUUCAGGGUGCCAUGGAGAAGACUUGCAUACGUACCGACGGUCGUAAUUUGGUCGAGGAGUGGAAGCAACGCUGGAACGGUACUGAAGCUGCCUACGCCUGGAAAACGUCCGAUCUGAGGGCAGUCGAGCUGGAUAAGGUAGAGCAUCUGUUGGGGCUGUUUAACGAUGAUCAUCUUAGCUACGAUUCGGUGCGCGACCGAUCGCCCGACGGAGAACCCUCGCUGAGUGAGAUGACGGAGGCGGCGAUCAAGGUACUGAAGCGGCCAGAUUCGCCCGGCUUUGCGCUAAUGGUUGAAGGAGGUCGCAUCGAUCACGCACAUCAUCAGAACCAUGCACACCUAGCGUUGGCUGAGGUCGUGGAGUUGGAUAAAGCGGUCGAAACAGCACUCAAUAUGGUCGAUCUCGACGAAACGCUCAUUAUUGUUACGGCCGACCAUUCGCACGCGAUGACCUUCAACGGCUAUCCAGACCGAGGGAACGAUAUCCUGGGUUUCGGUAAUCGACCGAACGCGACACCGUACGAGACGAUUACCUAUGCAAACGGACCCGGCUUCCUGCAGCACCGCUGGAACUCCAGCUUACUGACGGAAGAGUCUACCGAUUGGGCGACCUGGGUUAAGCUGAACCAGCUCAACAGAAGUGAAGUCACCUACCGGCAUCUGUCCGCGUUUCCGCUGCCGGAUGAAACACACGGCGGUGAGGAUGUGGCCGUGUUUGCUGCCGGUCCCGGAGCCAAUCUCGUUCGGGGUACGUUCGAGCAGAACUACAUCGCGUACGUCAUGAGCUACGCCGGGUGCAUGGGACCUGCCAAACGAUUUAACGUUGCCUGUGACGAUGGGUUCCUCCAGGAGUUUACCAAAGCGUCCGGUGCGGAACGUGCCGCCUGCAGUAUUGUGCUAGUCAUCGGCCUCUUGCAUGCCAUCGUAGGAUUAGUGGGGCGAAUUUAAUUUGUUAAGUGUUAUUGUAUUGUACGGGUAGACCGUUAAGUACUGUUCUUUACAUUGAUCGAAAGAUGCUGGCGUCGAAAUCUUAGAGGAAGGUUUACAAAAAUAAGCAUACAAAAUAUACAGCGUUGGAUACAAAUGGAAAGCUUA